AAAAGAAAAUCGGACUCACAGUGCCUCACCGCGCGAAACUCGAGUAAAUGCACGUUAAUAUUCAUCCACACUCUUUCAGUGUGCCUCAUGUGGACAAUGUGGGAGCGACUUCUUGCCUUUUUCGCUUUUGUUCGUCUGAGCAUGCGCCAGCAGCUGUUUCAUAACUCAAACUGAGUCAAAUCAAAGAGACGCGCACUUUCUCUCUCACUUUAUUUCCCUCUCUUCCUCUCUUUCUCUCUGUGCUGCUGUUACUGAGCGUUUGGAAACGUUUGCUUUCGUUCAGUGUGAGGGUGGGCGCGCAGUUUCCUAAGACAAGCCUGCAAGACUACCUUCUUCACCCAGAAACGCGGAAGGACACGGACAGCUUUUUAAACAUCUGCAAAACGUUUCCACACCUGUGUAGCCGCCAGGAAAUUGCCUCAGGAUGAAGAUUGCCGUUCUUGGUGCCACAGGGCAAACAGGGCAGCAGCUGGUUGGCCAAGCUCUACAGCAGGGGCACUUAGUCACAGCAAUUGUGAGGAAUCUUGGAAAACUGACUAUAACCCAUGAUAACCUCAAGGUGGUUGAGGGGAAUAUUUUCUCAAAAGACAGCUUGAAACUGCACUUUGAAGGCCAGGACGCUGUUAUGUCAUGUCUUGGGUUUCCACCGGCUCCUUUGGCUGGAGUCACUGGCUACACUGAUUCUGUGACAGCAACGCUUAGCGCUAUGAAAGAGGCCAGAGUGAAUCGAUACAUCACCAUGACAUCAUGGUACACUGAACCUAAUUCGGGGAACAACGCUUCCUUCUUUGUCCGCUACAUGCUGCUGCCAAUGAUUGGAAGUGUUUUGAGCAACAUGUACAAGAUGGAGCAAGUUUUGCAGGAAACUGAGGACAUCGACUGGACAGUCGUCAGGCCACCUGGUCUCCAGAAUACACCUGUAACAGAAAAAGAGAUCCUGACUCACGAAGGUUACUUUGUCCCUGAUGAGAAUGGCAUCCCUAUAGGACAGACUGUGUCCAGAGCAGACGUCGCUCGCUUCAUGCUCUCUCUGCUCGGUACCAGCUCCUGGAUGAAGAAAGCGGUGGCCAUCAUCACCAAAUCAUGAAACAUACCCAGAAUUUCCAAGUUCACCUAGUCAUUAAAACAGAUUUUCAUUUAUUGCCUUUACCACAUGUUGCCUAUAUACUCUUGUUUUCAGUAAACACUGUUUAUACAUAAUCUUGAACUAUAAGGGACGGUUUAUAUUAAUAACCAGAUGCCAAAAUAUAAAAUGCCUUAUGGCCACAUUACUUGUAAUUCAAGCUCUUCAAAGUGCUUUGUAGCCAAAGGGGGUAAAAUAACUAAGUAGUGGAGUCCUGCUUACUACAAGAAACUCCUUUUUUAUUACAAACCAGCAUAUUGUCUUCUACAACUGCUUCAAGUACACAAUCACAGCACUUUGUCAGUCAGGCUUCACAAUGUGAUACUUAUUAAAGGAUUGUAUGUUAUUAUUUACUAAUAAAUAUAUAUUCUCAGCAUUGCCA